AGAAAGCCUGGAAUGAUUAUUGCGGCUGCGCAGCGGUUCAGGAAGUGCGAGAAGACCUACUAUAGCCAGCUGUUCGAUCAACAACAACACGCAGAACCGCAGUUGCUAGUACAUUCAUAUCACGCCAGAGGCUUCGGCAGCGACGAUCUGUCACAGGAGCGAAGAGAGAGGCAGUAAGAGGGAGAGUUGAGUCACAGAGACCCCCUGGAGGCCCCCCCCUCCCUGUAAAUCACAGACCCUUCCCCCCCACCCCCACCACCCCCCCUGGGAGGAGCCUGCUCAUGGCCAGCAGAGGAGGAAACGCCAGGCCCAACGGCAGCCUGCCCCAGACCAAGAUCUGCCAGUUCAAGCUGGUGCUCCUGGGGGAGGCGGCAGUGGGCAAGUCCAGCCUGAUGCUGCGCUUCGUCAAGGGCCAGUUCCACGAGUUCCAGGAGACCACCAUCGGGGCUGCGUUCCUUGCACAGUCGGUGUGUCUGGACGACACGACGGUGAAGUUUGAGAUCUGGGACACGGCGGGACAGGAGCGCUACCACAGCCUGGCGCCCAUGUACUACAGAGGGGCGCAAGCCGCCAUCGUGGUGUUCGAUAUCACCAAACCGGAGACCUUUGAGCGGGCCAAGGCCUGGGUGAAGGAGCUGCAGAGGCAGGCCAGCCCCAACAUCGUCAUCGCCCUGGCGGGGAACAAGGCCGACCUGGCUGAGAAGCGCAUGGUGGAGUAUGAGGAGGCUCAGACGUACGCUGAGGACACAGGACUGCUCUUCAUGGAGACCUCUGCCAAGACCGCCAUGAACGUCAACGAACUGUUCCUGGCCAUUGCGAAAAAGAUGCCAAAAACAGACACCCAGAACCCCACGCACGCAGCGAGGCAGAGGGGGGUGAACCUCCAGGACCCCGACGCCCAGUCCACCCGGAGCUGCUGCGGGAACUAACCCCCCCCUCCCCGCACCCUGGGGGCCGGGGCGCAGAUCACCCCUUCCGUAACCCCCCCACCUUAGCACCACCCAGAGGGAUACAGGGAGCGAGGGAGGGAGUGAGGGAGAAAGAGAGAUGAAGGCUAUGUUCUGCAGCUUGUCCUCGUGGGCGAUAAGAAUUUUAGGUGGAGCGGUGGAGAUCGGAGAGGACUGAAAGAGAGAAAUGAGAGAGUUAGAGAGAUAAUCUUGGAUUUUGUAAAAAAAAAAAAAACAAAUUGGCACAAAUAGCUGUUGUUUGGUUUUAUUUAAUUUAAAUCAUGGUUCCUGUUGGUGAUGUAAGUACUGCACUGUCAGGGUCUUAAUGACAGAGAGGAGUAGUAGAGACAGACUGAAGGACAGUGGCUAUGUAGGGGCUGGAAAGGUCAGUCUGAGCCACACCAUGUGAAAGUGAGGUAUAGUUGAAUAGAUAAAAUAUGUGAGAAAACUAAAUACAGACGAACGAAAUACAGACCCAUAUACCUUUGAAUGCCCCCCCCCAGAAAUUGGGCGAGUACUCAGACUGCUAUUACCUUGAGAAUCCCGUACGGAAUAAUCCCGAAUUAUAUUUAACAUCGGUGACAGAAACCGUUACGUCCGCCGCGUGCUCCGCUAACGUUCUCGGCUUCUGUUGUAUUUAUUCAGUGCGCUUCCUUCGCGCGCCGCCUUUUUCGAACCGGUAAUUUAUAAACUCUUUAGCCGCCGAGGCCCCGUCUUUUCAUCGCCGUCGUCAUCGCUUAUGGACUGUUCAUCCGCAUUUUCUGUCCCGUUUCCGCCCGAAGUAAGGAAAACUCGCAAAUCUCCCUCCCUCCCUCCCCGGUUGAAUGCACUGGAAACAGAAUGUGAUAUUUACUGUUUGGAGUUUGUCUCCGCUUUGCCUCCCCCGCUGCUCACCCUAUUGGCUGAUCGCUACAAGCUGCUGUUUAAACAACCAAUCAACUGUGUAAUAGUUAUUAAAAGCAUUCUGAUUUGCAGCCCUAUCAGUAGCAGUACUGUAGAUCAAACUAAUUAUGAGAACCUUUCUGCUUUCAGCCCAAAGGUGACACAGAUGUUCUGAUAUUUUGUCUUGCAACAUUGAUGCUCUCGACAGAAAACACAAAUAAUUCCAUCAAAUGCUUUCAGACAAACCGUUUGAUGCUGUCCAGUACAACUGUAUGUAAUGCAAUUCUUAGAUUAAGACAUUCUACUAUUAUAGGCUUGUCUAUCUCAAAGCAGAGGAACACUAGAUGGAUUGGGGGAAAAGAAAUAGAAGUGCCUAUUCUUUUUUUUUUUUUUUUCCUUGUUCUGUUUUCGGCCAGUCUGGGGUGUGUUCAAUAGGCAGAACAAAAUCAUGGAGUUUGUGUUAAAUUCUUGUGUGUGUAUUUUUAAUGAUUCUUCUGAUUUUAAUUUAUCUGUACUUGAAAAGUAAUAUUUGUAAAGUGUUACUUAUGUCUAGUGGGGGUUCAUAGCACUGAAAAAGUAUUAUAAAAACCAAAUUCCUACCUAUAGCUUAUACUAUGUUUAGAGCCAUUCAGACUAAACCAAUCAUGUAGCAGCUUGAGCAAUUAACCCUGCCCGGCAACUGUAAUCUCUAAAACAUUCAGCACUUGUGUUCAGAAGAGCCAGGUUUCUGUUUCUACGGACGUCCUAUAUAUCGGAACACGUCCCAGAUUUUUUCAUGAGUGAAAUGUGCCCCUGUCAGCGUGGCAAUGCUGUGAGAGCGCCACCUUGUGGUUGCUCAGUCUCUCCCAUUGUUCAGUGUGCUCCCGCUCUCAAGACCAAUGGGGGUCCGGUCCUUCUGAGCUCACAAUUUGCAGUUAGAUCAUUUGGGUGCCUGGGUGGAACACAUCAAGUCCCAGUGCAGUGAAUGAAAAAAGAAAAAAAAAGAAAAA